CUACGAAACUCGCGUUUCUUCAACAGGGAGAUCUAUCAAGCCGACAGUGAGAUCUCUCCUUUCUUCCAUCUGGUGUCAGCUCCCUCGUCCCCCUCUCACGUAAUCGGUGGCAAGCGGCCUCUGACUGACCUCAACAGACAAGGCUCUCCGUCCUCUUCGCUCAUCUUUUCCCCUCACACGAUGGCGACUGUUCUCAUGAUGAUGAUUCUGUGUGUGGCGUCGACCAGUGUCGCCACGGAGGCAAGACCCGCACAACAGGUGAGUAUACACCCCCCCCCCCAUGACCCAGUCAUUAGAUUCUCUGGCGUGCACGGCUGAUUCGUGUGUUCAGGUCCAGUUGCGUGGCCUGCAGGUGUCCCCUCCUCGCAACACGUCGCUGUCUGCGUCAGAGUAUGAGGCGCUGGUCGGCCUGAUGGGGGGCGAUGACACUACACAAGUCACCUCACUCUACCGGUAGACACACACAUUAUGCCAUCAGACAGCCAAUGGGCAGAUUCCGUCUAUGUGUGCGUGUGUGUAUUGAAGGACGUCUGUCCACGGCACCAACUAUAGCGACCUGCUGGACAACGUGGGCGAAACAAAGCCUCUCGUCUUUGUGGUCAGGAAGGACAAGUAUGUCUUCGGCGUCUACGUCAGUGACGGCAUCCAGCUGCCCGACGACUUGACUACCUGGCACAACUACGGCAGUGAUGUGUCGUGGUUCUCAGUGGCCUCGACAAACCGACCGAGAUCGAGAUCGACGAAGAGGAUCAGUAUGUGAAAGUGGCGGGGAGGAAGGGGGCGUGGAGAGGAGGGAUCGGUGGGGGAAAUGCGAGGGUAGGGAUCGGUGGGUUUGUGUAUCUGGGUUGGGGUGGCUCUGUCCAGCCUGCUGCCGACAUCCGUGUUUGCCAGCAGUCCACUCGCAGCAAAUAUCUGCCUGAGGGCUACACGGGAAAGAGGGAUGGUUAUGGCAAUGCUGUGUUGGGCGGGUCGCUGACGUUCAUAGCUGACGAGAUAGAAGUGCUGCAGACGCCUUUCAUUUCGUCAGCGGCGCAGAUGGGUGUCUGUCUGUCAGUCUGUCUGUGGCUGUCGCUAUUCCUCUUUUCGAUGUAAACCAGCCGUGAGUUGUUCGUGUCGUUCAUCUGGGCGGGUCACUCGUCUUCAUGGCGGAUGAGAUAAAGGUGUCCCCAGACGCACGUGGUGGAGUAGUGGGGGAGAGAGGGAGAUGUGGCUCUCCCUCUAUGGUGCUGUGCUGACAUAGCCAUCCACUUAUCUGUACCGUCCUCUCUGCGCCCCUGCCUGCCUGUCUGUCUGCCUGUCUGUCUGUCUGUCUGUUUGCCUGUCCUCUGAGUGCAGCUGAUCUGUCAGCACACUGCUGGUGCCCCGUGUGUCUGUUUGAAUAUGUGUGUGCCCAUGUGUGUGUGGGGGGGGGAUGCAUGUGAGUGUCUGUGUCUGUGUCUGUGUGUCCGUUGACUGGACCAAAGUGAAAGUGUGUGCGUGUGUGUGUUAUGUGCGGUGUUGUUUGUUUGUUGAAGUUAGUGUGUGUGCGGUGGCUGGACUGACUGUAAUGACUAAGUGGCUGUGGCUGACUGUGUGUGUGUCGUCAUCCUGCCCUGAUGUGCUUCUGCGAAGGCGAGUGUGAGUGUGAGUGAGUGAGUGUGUGUGUGUGCUGAUUGAGUGACAGCCGGCAUGAUUACGUGGACCCGGAUGCCCCAUGAGUGAUUUAAUGAUAUGCGCCAAUGAUACAGUCGGCCGAUUGGUUGAGUGCAUUCUGUCGCUUCGCCCGUGCAGCCAACGAGGCCGCUAGCAGCUCAUCCACACACGGGAUGCAGGACGGAUGUCAUUCAUGUGCUCGCAGACUAAUACGAGUUGGGACUGCGCAUCGUGGACACUUACUCGUUGCUGGGUCGACUUGGAAGACAGUGUGCGUGUAUGUCGAUUUGUCUAUUCUGCGUAUGCAUACGUAUGUGGACUUGUUACCCAGUCGAAAC